AUGCCAGACAAGGUUGUGUACGUAACUCGCCGGAUUCCAAAGCCGGGGUUAGAUAAACUAGCCGAACGGUUUGAGAUUGACUUCUGGGACGAUGAUGAAGUGAUUCCUCACAAUGUCCUCAUAGACAAGAUGAAGUCCAGGCGCUACGACGCGCUCUUGUGUAUGUUAACGGACAGGAUUGAUAAAGAUGUCCUCGACGCAGCCGGACCCCAGCUGAGAAUAGUUGCCACCAUGUCUGUGGGCUAUGAGAACAUUGAUACUGCCGAGUGUGCAAAGCGAAACGUCAUGGUUGCGAACACCCCAGGUGUCUCCACAGACAGUGUGGCCGAGCUGACAGUCACCUUGCUGCUCAUGACAGCCAGGAGGACAGCAGAAGGCGUGGAAGCGGUGAAAGCAGGGACCUGGGGAGAGUGGAAGCCCAUGUGGCUGUGUGGCACAGAACUCACUGGGAGGAUCCUGGGCGUCUACGGCCUGGGAAGAAUUGGCUUCGGUGUUGCCAACCGCCUGAGAAAUUUUGGUUUCACAAAAAUCUACUAUUGUGACAUACAAGAGGUGAGCUAUGCCAAAGAGAUAGAUGCCCAGUUCAUCGACUUUGAUGGGCUUGUGAGGACCUGUGAUUUUAUUUGUGUGUGCUGCAACCUGACACCCCAGACACGGCACAUGUUCAACAGAGACACGUUCAAAAAGAUGAAAAACACUGCAAUCCUCAUCAACAGUGGCCGAGGGGGAGUCAUAGACCAUGAUGCCCUGGUUGAAGCACUGAGAAGCGGAGAGAUUCAAGCAGCCGGCCUCGAUGUCACUGAGCCUGAACCUCUACCCAAGAACCACCCGUUGGUGUCCAUGUACAACUGUGUCAUACUGCCACACAUGGGCAGUAAUACUUGGGAUUCCCGUAAUGCUAUGGCGGCUAUUGCAGCUCGUAACUGCAUUGCAGCCGUGAACAAUCAGACACCAGAAGGACUUGUGAAAGCUUCUUGA